AUGAAUACUCCAUUAGACAGCGACAUUGUUAGAAAUCAAGCUCUCUUGCACUACCUCGCAAAUCUUGCCAACUCCAACGACAAGGAUGAUAUUUUUGAUUUUGAGUUUGUACAAUCACUUGUAAGAAAUGGCGCAGAUAUCAACUGUAUGGACACAAACGGGCAGACUAUAUUUCACGAGGUUGCCAGAUCCUGGAACGUUGAUGUGGCUCUGUUUCUAGUGGAAAACGGUGCCAAUGUAAAUCACCAAGACACGUAUGGUCGUUCUCCACUCCACGUUGCUGCAGCUGUUGACUACGCCAGCAUGGUGGAAUUUAUCCUCCAACAUGGCGGAGAUGUUAAUAUCAAAACGAAAGGAGAAGAACAAACUGCAAUAUAUUACGCAGUGAAAAAUGACGCCAUUAACUCCCUGCAGAUGUUGCUAGGUCACGGAGCCAAAAUUGAUGACCAUGACAGCAGAAAUCGUACACCCCUCCAGGUCGCAGCAGAGAUGAAUAGUUUUAAAGCCGCCAAACUUCUUGUGAGUGAAGGAGCUCCUGCCGGUGUCUAUGACCACAUGGGAAAUUCUGCGUUAUCACUGCUCAUUGAAAAGAUCCCUGAAGUGGCACUCAUAGCACUGGAUCAGUUUCACACAGUAGAUUACAUCAACAGAAGGGAGUUUUACUUUCUCAAUUACCUGGAAGGAGCAAAGUUAAAGGAAGGAUUACAAGAAACUCCAGCACGCUCUCCUCUGGAGAUUGCUGUCCAGAACAAGAGGUUUGGUGUCAUUAUGCAUCCAGUCAUGAGGCAGUUAAUUGCGAUCAAAUGGAAGAUUUAUGGCAAGAGAGGAGCGAUCAUGGACUUGGCCUUAAAUCUGAUCUAUACAAUACUCUGGACCAUAGAGGGCGUGACUAUGCCAAAAUACUGUUAUGAGUUGGUUUAUCCAGUUGAUGAUAAUAUCUGGAGGUUUAUUAUCGAUGGUUUUAUUAUCUUGUUCACUUUCUGGGAAAUCAAAAAACAAAUUAAAGAGACAAGGAACGCCCGACGUGAACUCGUAAAGUGGCGCGAAUCUCGAAGUGAGCAACUCGAGAAAGACAAAGCAUAUUGUCAUCUAAGAUGGCGACAGGAGGAGAAAUACCUGAACUCCGAGAUAGAAGCUGUAAUAUUUUACGGUGCAAAGAAUUUCAAGAACAUCGGGAACGUGACGAAAAAAGUCGAAUAUUGGGUUAAAAUCAAUAUGUACGCAAAAAUUGUGACGUUGAUUGUCCUUUGGCUAAGAAUAUUUAAGUACGCAAGGCCGUUUGAAAAUGCAGGUCCUUAUGUGGUGAUCUUCAGCAACGUUGUGGGAGAUAUCUUAAAAUGGCUUGUACUGAAUACUGCCAUUUUCAUUCCAUUUACUUGCGCAUUCUGGAUAGCAUUUGGAUUGAAUUCGCAACAUCCCGCAGAAGGCUAUACUGACAUAUCCUCGCUGCUUUACAACAUCUUCUUGAUGAUAAUUGUAGGCGGAUAUGAAUGGAAAGAACUGGAAAAAGCUGAUAAGACGAUGGCACGAUUAUUAUGUGGUACCUUUAUUCUCGCAGCUGCUGUAAUCACGCUAAACUUGUUGGUUGCCUUGGUAACAAACACGUUUGAACAACAUUACAAAGAGGCGGUGGCGAACGCGGUUAUGCAACGAGCACGCACAAUUCUGCUACUUCAAUCAACAAUGGGAAACAAAAAACUCCAGCUUUACUACAAAUAUAUAAAAUCCAACGCAUCCCCGCAAAUUAUACAAAAUAAGCACGGACGAUUAAUGGGGAACAAAUCCAAAGAUAGAGCAAAUAUAGAACGAGUUUAUGACGACGUGCUAGAGAUUAAAAGUGUCCUGGCUAAACGGUUUGGAAAACAUUAUGGAAAAGGGACUAAAUCUGAUUUGGAAAUUGUUCGCGAGGAUUUGGGGAAGGUUAAGAGGUCUGGAAAAGAGUUAGCGAAGGAUAUAAAGAAUUUGAAGUUGAUAUUGUAUGGCUUAGGGACGCAACAUUUGUCUCCUGUCGCAACAUCAGCCAGAAGUAAGACUGAAAAUACAGAGCAUUUGAAUGAUGGCAAAGAAAGCACCAGCGAGAAUAGAAAAACUACUAACAAUGAUAAGAGAAACAAAAGUAAAAACCCAACCACAAACAAAAAUAGCCCAGUGAAUGAAGACACACCCAACAGCUCACAACUCUACUCAGGUAACAUUUCAAAUCACCAACCGGAAGAAUUAAACGAACGAGUCCCAUCACCACUAGUUCUUCACUCUCAUCUUGGCAACAUUACCCUCCCAAAGUCAGUCGGAUGGUGA